AUGAUGUUAAUGCGUCACGAUUAUUUUAUCAACCAAUCACCGAUCUCUAGGAGAAAAAGUGAGGACCAUAUAUUAAGCGACACUCUAUCGUUAAGAUUAGAUCGGUCCAGUUUAUAUUCACAGCUUCCGCCAUUACCAUCUUCCAAUUUGAAAACUCAUCACAGUUCCUUCCUACACCCACAUUCAAUGGCAGCCAAAAAGCCCGGAGUGAUCGCUUUGUUCGACGUCGACGGUACCCUCACAGCUCCAAGGAAAGAAGCUACUCCGGAAUUGCUCGAGUUUAUCCGAGAAUUGCGCAAGGUUGUCACUGUUGGAGUCGUCGGUGGAUCUGAUCUAAUCAAGAUAUCUGAGCAGCUUGGGAAAUCAGUCACCAACGACUAUGAUUAUUGUUUCUCUGAGAAUGGUCUUGUUGCCCAUAAAGAUGGGAAAUCCAUUGGAAUCCAGAGCCUGAAGCUGCACCUUGGAGAAGAUAAACUCAAGGAGCUGAUAAAUUUCACGCUGCACUACAUUGCGGACUUGGAUAUUCCAAUUAAAAGGGGAACAUUUAUUGAAUUCCGAAAUGGAAUGCUGAAUGUGUCACCGAUUGGUCGCAACUGCAGCCAAGAAGAAAGAGACGAAUUCGAGAAAUAUGAUAAGGUUCAAAACAUUAGACCGAAGAUGGUGGCCAUACUUCGUGAACGGUUUGCGCAUCUUAACCUAACUUUCUCUAUUGGAGGACAGAUUAGCUUCGAUGUCUUCCCUAAAGGUUGGGAUAAGACUUACUGCUUGCAAUACCUUGAGGACUUCAAUGAAAUCCAUUUCUUCGGUGACAAAACCUAUGAGGGUGGAAACGAUUAUGAAAUCUAUGAGUCACCAAAAACAAUUGGCCAUUCAGUUACGAGUCCAGAUGACACAAUGGCAAAAUGCAAGGCUCUGUUCAUGUCUUGA